AUGUCCCAGGUUGUCAAAGCAGGAUUCGAUAAAGAACCCGAGCGUCCCGCGCUGUCACGUGGACACAGACCACUUCCGAGCCGUCGCGCGGGUCUCUGGUCAGAGGACUCUCUGCAGGUUACUACGGGAGCACCGCAGAGGCUUGCGGGAAAUACCGUCGCACCCCCAGUGACGUCACCAGCACAGCGCCGCCGGAAGGGCUGUCACGGGCGCCUCUUGCGCAUGCGUGGCUCCAUCAGCCGCUGCCAUCUUCCCCGCAGCGACAGGCGGUUGUUCCAGCCACGGGCUGCUCCUCAUUCUCGGAACUUGGACUCUGCGUCCCGAAGGUGGUGCGGGGCUGAGAGCGGAGCCCCGCAGGCCUGGGGGCCCUGGGGAGCGGGGCGGGCGCCCCGGCACUCGGCGGAGCCGGGCUGGGCUGGGGAAGGGGCGGCCCGGGCUGCGCGUCCGCCGGCUGCUGUGCCAGAGAACGGCGCUGCGGGGAGGCCGGGCGCGCGCUCCGCGUGUGCGGGAACCGCUUCCAGGCGCCCCGGGAACGGAAAGGGGGUCCUGCAGACGGCGCGAGUGCGGGAGGUCACUUUCCAGCUCUGCCAGCCGACCCUCGUGUCAGCUGUGCUGCCAGUGUGCUCCAUGCGCUUCCAAGAGCAACAGAAAAUGGACAAAUCUCUGGGGUUGGUGUCAUUUGAGGACGUGGCUGUAGAAUUCACCUGGGAGGAGUGGCAGGAUCUGGAUGAUGCUCAGAGAACCCUGUACAGGGAUGUGAUGCUGGAUACCUACAGCAGCCUGGUGUUGUUGGGACACUGCAUUAUUAAACCUGAGGUGAUCUUCAAGCUGGAGAAAGGAGCAGAGCCAUGGUCAGAAGAGCAACCCCCAAACCAGAGCCUCCCAGAUGUCCAGACAGUCAACAUCGAUGACUUAAUUGAAAGGAGCCAGGAAAGUCACCGUACACGUUUGCGGCAAGUUGUGAUUACCAGCAAUAACAUGUCAACUGAAGAGAGAGUUCAGUUAGGAAAGACAUUUAAUUUGACCUCAAAUCACACUUCAAAUCUCAUUAUAAAUAAUGGAAACCAUUCAGGAAUGAGGCCUGAGGAGUUUAAUGAAUGUCAGAACAUGCUUCUGUCUAGAAAGCAUGAUGAGAGGCACACUGAAGAGAAAUCUGAUGUGCGUAAUAUAACUGGGAAAUCCCACAGGUGUCCUGAACAUCAUGGUCAGCAUCGGAAGAUUCUAACUGGGCCUUUUGAAUAUGGUGGACAAGGGAAAGCCUUCAACACAGAGCCAAUGUUAUUGUCACGUAUGAGGGCUUAUAUGGGAGAGACCUCCUGUAAAUAUACUGAACACGGGAGAGCUUGUGAUAAGUCAGCUAUCACUGCCCAAGAGAUGACUCAGGUAGGGAGGAGAACUUUUAAAUGUGAUGUAUUUGAGAAGAUGUUCUAUAAAGAGUCUCAACUCAUUGAACACCAGAAAGUACAAAAGGAAGAGAAACCCUACAAAUGUAGUGAAUGUGAGAAAUCAUUCAUUAAUAAAUCAGUCCUUACAGUACAUCAGAAAACACAUUCAGGAGAGAAGCCCUAUGCAUGUAAUGACCAUGAGAAAAUUUUCUCUCCUAAGUCAGACCUUAUUAGACAUCACAUAAUUCACACAGGAGAUAGACACCAUGAAUGUAAUGAAUGUGGGAAAAUCUUCUACAGUAAGACACACCUCACUGAACACCAGAAAACACACACGAGAGAGAGAAACCAUGAAUGUAAUGAAUGUGGGAAAGCCUGCUACAGUACAUCCCACGUUACUGAACACCAGAAAAUGCACACAGGAGAAAGACGCUAUGAGUGUAGCGAAUGUGGGAAAACCUUCUUCCAUAAGUCAGACUUUAUUGUGCAUCACAGAACUCACACAGGAGAGAAACCCUAUGAAUGUAAUGAAUGUGGGAAAACCUUCUGCCGUAAGUCAUACCUCACUGUACAUCAGAGAAUUCACACAGGAGAGAAACCCUAUGAAUGUAAUGAAUGUGGAAAAACCUUCUAUAGUAAGUCACACCUUAACGAACAUCAGAGAAUUCACACAGGAGAGAAACCAUAUGAAUGUAAAGAAUGUAGGAAAAGUUUCUACCAUAAGUCAACUCUCACUGUGCAUCAGAGAACUCACACAGGGGAGAAACCCUAUGAAUGUAAUGACUGUGGGAAAACGUUUUCCCAGAAGUCGAACCUCAACACACAUCAGAGAACUCACACACGGGAGAAAUCCUGCGUGGCAGAGACUGGCUGUGUGCUUCCCAAAGACCACUCUCUUUUCUCUUGAUCAUGGAGUUAGCCUGCCUCCCCUUUUGUGUGUGGUACCAUGUAACUGCGCUCUUUUCAGAGAAAUAUGGACAAAAGUGAUGAACAUUACUUCCAAGCCUGGUAGAAAUGAAUGUCCAUGGGAUCCUCCCUUGUUUCUCCUGUCCACUGGGACUGGAGUGGGGAUGAUCCUAGGGUUGCCUUGCUAGCUACAGGUGGGCGAAGGCUACCAUGGUCUAAGGUCAGAAGGAAUUCAUUGGAGAGAGCAUAAAUCUCAUCUUUAUCCCCAAACCAUCCAUUUGUACUUUAUGCAAGUGAGAAAUAAAAUACCCACUGUACCGAGUCAUACAUGUGGGGCAUGUGUUUGCAUCACAGCACAACUAGAGCAUGGUAGCUCAUUCACUUUGUGAACUUUUCAGUCCUUGUACAUGAGAAGAUUCACAUGGGAGAGAUCUCUGUCCUCCUUAUACCGAGGUCAGUUUAUGGAAAAUUGAAAGACGUCACGGAGAAACAACACAUCGGGGACACCUUAGUAGGCAGGGACGUCUCAUUAAGUGCUGAGAAUAAAGUGAACCUUUAUAAAUAUUA